AUGGAAGAAACUGCACAUACCGAAGAGAACAAAAAUUUCUUCAUGGCAUACCGAGUGGGGGUAAAGACUCCAGCUUUCAACGCUGAUGACCCACAAUUAUGGUUCGCUCAACUGGAGGGUCAGUUCGUACUAUCCAACAUCACGACUGACAACACGAAAUUUUAUUACGUGCUGGCUCAACUAGAAUCGCAACAUUCAGCGGAAGUACGCGACCUCAUAGUAAACCCCCCCACUACCGGCAAAUACGAAAAGCUGAAAAAUGAAUUAAUUAAGAGGUUGUCCGCCUCGCAGGAGCGCAAGAUCAAACAACUGCUUAUGCAUGAGGAGUUGGGAGACAGGAAACCGACUCAAUUCCUCCGCCACUUACAUCAGCUAGCCGGUCCCACCGUUCCUGGCGAUUUCAUCCGGUCAAUCUGGUCGAGUAGGCUGCCGGCAAACCUCCAAACAAUAGUGGCAAUGCAAGCAAAUUCCAGCCUUGAAGAGGUAGCAGAACUGGUAGACCGCAUUAAUGACAUCGUUCCAGUAACCACGCAAGUAGCCGCUACUGGCAUGCCAGUAACCGGGCAAGUAGCGGGCUCACAGCCUAAGACGGAACAGGGCAGCGCUAUCGAAGCAUUAACCCAGACGGUGUCUGAGCUGACACGGAAGGUGGAGACUAUGAGUAUGCAGCUGAACCAGAAGUCAUCACGAUCACGGUCAAGAAGCAGAUACUCGUUCAAUCAAUUUCGCCAGCGAUCACGUUCUCGUUCGCAAAACAACCAAUACUGCUUCUACCAUAACCGAUUCGGAGACAAGGCCCGCAGAUGCACACACCCGUGCGCCUACCAAAAGAAGCCGUUAAACUACCAAGGCAGCCAGUAA